AUGGUGACAGCCAAUGAAAGCUGCUUCCACCCACAUACCUUCAUCCUGCUGGGUAUCCCUGGUCUGGAACACCUCCAUGUCUGGAUCUCGGUUCCCUUCUUCUCAAUGUUCCUCUUUGCCAUCAUCGGGAACUAUACCGUCUUGUUCAUCAUCUUUACGGAUGUCAGUCUCCACCAGCCCAUGUACAUCUACUUCACCAUUCUUGCUCUCGUUGACAUAAUAUUGGCCAAUUCCACUGUGCCCAAGCUUCUCUGCAUCUUCUGGUUCCAUCAGAAUGAGAUUGACUUCCAUACGUGUCUUGUACAGAUGUUCUUUGUGCAUACAUUCUCUACCAUUGAGUCAGGAAUCUUCCUAGCAAUGGCUUAUGAUCGAUAUGCAGCCAUAUGUAACCCUCUACGGUAUUCUGUCACAGUGACCCCAAGUGUUAUUAUCAUAAGUGGAGUAUUUGCAGUGCUGCGCGGGGUGGUCUACAUUCUUCCGCUGCCUCUGUUGUCUGAGAGAUUCCACCAGUACAGCAGUAAUGUAAUUGUCCACUCAUACUGCGAACACAUGGCUGUGGUAAGGCUUGCUUGCGCUGACGUCUCGUUCAACGACCACCUUGGAAUGGCCAUUGGCUUCCUUGUCUUGGUGAUGGAUUCAGUGUUGAUUGCUCUCUCCUAUGUGAUGAUCCUUCGAGCCCUUCUGAAGCUGAGUGUUGAGGCUCGCGUGAAAUCCUUUGGAACAUGCAUCUCCCAUGUCUGUGCUAUCCUGUCAUUCUACACCCCCAUCCUCAGCUCAUCCUUAGUGCACAGAUUCGGGAAAAACGUUCCUCACCAUACGCACAUCCUGCUGGCCAACUCCUACCUUCUUGUACCCCCCAUGAUGAACCCAUUGGUUUAUGGGAUAAGAACCAAGCAAAUUCGAGAGAGGGUGGCAAAAUUCUUCCUGAAAUAG